AGAGAGGAGAGGAGAAUAGAAGGGACAGAGCGGAGUUAAGGGGAGGGGAAAAGGAGAGGCGAGGAGGUGGAGAGGGACAGAAGAAGAGAGGAAAGGAAGGAGAGGGUCGUGGAGGGAAGGUGGAAGCUGCUGCAGAGGAUUAGGAUCCACCACCUCAGGAUCUGAGGGCUGCAUGAUGAGGUGGGGCAGGAACUGCUGAUGGAGGAAGAGAGAAAUUGAGAAGUGGAAGCAGAAUCGUGGAGGCAGAAGCCCCAGAAAAAGGGGGCCAGGAAGGAGAGGUGAUGGAGAAUGAGGAAGACAGCAUGGAGUAAGGCCCUAGGGGGGUAAAUCUGAGGUUGCCAGAGGAAAGAGCCAGUAGGGCAAGGUGUGGAGGGAAAGAUUUAGGGAAUGCCUGGGGCCUUUUGACUAGACUCCCUACUCCAUUUCCACCAUGCCCCCUUGGCCACUACCCCUGGCCUGCCCAGCCCUCACUCUGAUCCUUGGGGCCCUCACUUCCCUUUUCCUCUGGUACUGCUAUCGAUUGGGCUCACAGGAUACCCUGAUCCCUGGGGCAGGGGGUGCUAGCAGAGGGGGUACUGGAGCUGGUAGAGGUUCGGAGGCUGGAGGUCAAGGGUCAGGGAUCACCAGGGAGCCCGGGGAAGGGCCCGGGGCAGAAGGCCUAGUGAGUAAGAGACUUCGGGCCUAUGCCCAGCGUUACUCCUGGGCUGGGAUGGGGAGGGUGAGGAGGGCAGCUCAGGGCAGCGGCGGCCUCGGUGGAGGUCCAGGAAUCCAACGCCCAGCUCUACUCUUUUUGCCGGACCUUCCUUCUGCUCCAUUUGUGCCCCGGGAUGCUCAGCGACAUGAUGUGGAACUCCUAGAGAGUAGUUUCCCUGCCAUUCUUCGGGACUUUGGAACUGUGAGCUGGGAUUUCUCAGGGACAUCUUCUCCACCACGGGGUUGGUCCCCUCCUUUGGCCCCUGGGUGCCACCAGUUCCUACUCUACAGGGCUGGUCGGUGUCAGCCAAAUAAUUGCCGACGCUGCCCAGGGGCAUAUCGGGCUCUUCGAGGACUGAGGAGCUUUGUGAGUGCCAAUUCUUUUGGCAAUGCUGGUUUUUCUGUUCUUCUGCCUGGAGCCAGACUUGAAGGACGCUGUGGACCCACUAAUGCUCGGGUUCGUUGUCACUUGGGCCUGAAGAUUCCCCCUGGCUGUGAAUUAGUUGUUGGGGGUGAGCCCCAGUGCUGGUCUGAGGGACAUUGCCUGCUCGUGGAUGAUUCUUUCCUGCACACUGCAGCUCACAAUGGCUCUGCAGAAGAUGGCCCUCGUGUGGUCUUCAUUGUUGACCUCUGGCAUCCCAAUGUUGCUGGGGCUGAGAGACAAGCUCUUGAUUUUGUCUUUGCACCUGACCCCUGAAGGGUAAUUUGAUGUCCCAUUAUUCCCCCUAGAGAGAGCCCCCCCCCCCCCCCCCCAUCUCCUAUCCAUGAACCACAGAUACAUUGGACUUGGACAGCUUGGUAUGACAUGGUUUGCCUCUGAUUUCUGGUGCUGUUAUGGGUGUCACUGAUGGGGCAUGCAGAAGUGAGGAGGUGGCAUAUCCAAGAACUAAAAUACAAAUUUACAAAACUCUUUAAAUCCUGGCUGCAUCCUUCUAUGAUAUGUAAAAGGGACACAAAGCUGAGAUUGGGUAGUUUUAGAUGCAGUAUAAUAUAAAGCAAAGAACACUACAUUUAAAAUGAGAAAACCAAUUUCUAGGCUUGCUCCUGCCACUAAAAUUUGGUUUUUAAACAAAUCAUUUAACUACCUGAAAUUCAGGUUCUUACAUCUCUGAAAUGACAGGGCUGGACUAAUAACCUAAGAUUCCUUCCAACUCUACAAAUAGGUGAAACUUACCUACCCUGCACAGAAGUUCCUCAACCUUCUCUCAUCAUACCCCCACAAAACAAAUUCCAGCCUGUCAAAGAUAAAAUCUCUCUUCCAGAAACCAAGUCUAUCCUUGCAAUUUAAUUUUAUUUCAAUAAUUUAAUAGAAAAUUAAAAUAAAUAAUAAGAAAAAAGUAGGUGGGGAGGCCAGGUUGGAAAGACCACAGGCCACUUCAGUACCAAUUCAAGAAGGAACAAGG